GAGAAAUAAGAUUUUGCAUCGAAAUUUUUUUACAAUUUAUUCACUAUAGGUAUUAAACAAUCCUUUUAUAUCUACAUACUUUUGAGUACUACUUUUGCUAUUCAUAUCUCUUUCGUUAAAGGUUUAUAAAGAAAAUGACAAGACUAUCAGAUAUUUCUGACGUUGAUAAAUGCAAAGGACUCAGGCUAAUCAACCACANACAACAAGACUUUGGAGAUAAGGCCAAGAAAUUUUUUUCUGAACACAAGACUGCUUUGUUGACGGGAGGUUUUGCGCUAGCUGGUCUUUUGGCAGGUCCAGCAAUAGUUGGCGGAAUAGUAGGUGCAAUAGGAUUCGGUGAAGCUGGUAUUGCAGCUGGAUCUAUCGCAGCAUGGAUGAUGUCCUUACAUCGCGGAACUGUUGCUGCUGGUAGCCUUGUAGCGAUUUUACAAUCAGUUGGCGCUGCUGGUUUGGGUAUUGGAGGGAUUAUUGCUUCUGGCGUAGGAGGUAGUUUAUUCGCUGGUUUAUUCGCUGGCGCAAUUGCUAAAGCAUUACGUAAAACUUUGGAAUCUGAAGAAAUAUUAGCAGAAUUAGAAAAUUUUGUUUCUAUUACUGCUAAUAAUUCUGGAAUUGUCAUUUUCAAUGUGAAACCUCCGCUUCUUACAAAUGAGGGAGCAUUAAAUUCAUUUUGUAGAGGGUUUGAUUCAGCUCGAAGGAUCACUAAUACUAAACGAUUCGAAUUUCAAGUUAUUGAAGAAUGUAUUGAUGGUUCAAAUUCUUUACGUAGAUACUUAGAAAGUACCUAUGGAGCUGAUCAUGUUUCAGUAGAAGGGAGUAGAUACUCGUUGAAUUUAGAAUAACUAGGAAAUGAUCGUUUAAUAGGGGAGGUAUCUAAAUUUCGCAAUUGUUUUUUUACCGUGAACAAUAAGAUGAACCUUAUUUGAAUUCAUCUUUUUUUUUAUGGUUUAUUUUAUUUUAUUUUUUUCAAAUAAAACGCGAGUAUAUUUUUGACAAUUUCAUCAUUCGAACAUA